AUGGCUGCCGCCGAUGUGCGCGACAUGCUCGACUUGCCCGCGGAGGGCCAACCGCGACCUCACAAGAAACAGAAGGUCGUGGAGAAAAGGCCAGAGGGUAUUACCCGUGAGCUUUUCGCGCUUUUGGGAGAAAGAGCACCCCCGAUCGCGAUCAACGAGAACCGAUACAAGGGACGGCCCAAAUGGCAAACCAAGGCUCGUGUGCGACCCUGGCAGAUGAAUGCUUUUUCGAACGAUGCGCGUACCGACGGUCUAGUUCUACGGCACUGGGAGAGACAAUCAGAGGCUACAAAUGCACCAGCGAUUGAGGGUCCAGAAACGGAGAGUGGCCAGAUGAAAGAAGAGAAAGGAGAAAAUAAGGCCACCGAAAAACAGGAAUACCCAUUUGCCAAAUACAACAUCAAAGCCAAAGUCCCGAACCGAUAUACUACAGACGAGUACAACCGCCAUUUAAAGAGCGAUGAGUGGUCGCGUGAAGAGACGGAUUAUCUGAUGGACUUAGUCGAGGAGUAUAACCUUCGAUGGGUGGUUAUCUCUGAUCGCUACGACUUCCAACCACAGCCUAUCGACAAUGCAGAGUCCUCGACCGCACUCGUACCUAGCAAACGAUACAGAACCAUGGAGCAGAUGAAAUCCCGGUAUUACAAUGUCGCCGCCUCAAUGCUUGCUCUUGAACACCCUCCGUCAGAAAUGUCUGAGACAGAAUUCGAUCUUCACGAAAAGAUGAUGAAGUUUGACGGUGAAAGGGAACGUCACCGCAAGGAGCUCGCUGGCCUCCAACUGAACCGCACGGCCGACGAAGUCCGCGAAGAAUCCAUCCUUCUCGAAGAACUCAAGCGGAUCACCGCCAAUGAGCAGGAAUUUGUGAACGAACGCAGAGAGCUCUACUCCCGUCUCGAUGUCCCGAUUAGCGUUGGCAACGCAACCAACUACCACAACAGUCAAGGCUUAUCCCACCUCCUCCAAACCCUCCUCCAAGCAGACAAGAGCAAGAAACGCCGUUCCCUCCUCGGCCCCGAAGGUAUCGUCCCCACUCCCGGCGGCCAAACUCCGAUUCCCAAUGCCCCAGGCAGUGCUCGCGACAGCAGCCGAGCAGAUACCCCCAGCGGUGGUCCCGCUCAACCCCCAACAACUAAGAAGGCCGCUGCGGCAGCAGCAGCGGCAAACAAAGAAGCAGCCCAACAAGCAAUCAAACCCCUCUCGCCGGCCGAAGAGGCACGAUAUGGCGUACAACACCACGAUCGUGUUGCACCUGGCGUGCAAUUCCGCAGCGACCGCGCCCAGAAACUCACACAGGCGAAAUCCCACGUCCAAACACAGAAACUCGCAUCCGCUCUUGCCGAACUCGAAAUACCACUCCGUCUGGUAAUGCCGACAGAACGCGUGGUGAAGGACUUUGAGAAACUGAUUCACUCCGUGAACCUCUUGUUGGAGGCACGCAAGGUCGCGGAAAAAGUGGAGAGUGAGAUCCGUGUUUUGGAAUCCGCCAAGGAGGAAAGAGAGCGGAAAGCGAAAGAAUUGCGGGAGAAGGAAAAGCCCGAGGUGAAAUCGGAACAGCAGGAUGAUCAGGCUCCUAUCCCACCUGCACCUGAGUCGGCUUCCGCGGAUGGUGCUUCCCAAACUGAGAAACCUACCAGCACAGGUGACGGUCAACCGGAUUCAUCUAUCCCCACGGGUGAUGCUGUUGGAGGUGGUGAGCCGUCUACAGGGGAUCAGAAAGGCGCCUCUCAUAAGCGUUCUGCCAGCGUGCUCAGCAACGGAAGCGACAAGAGUUCCAAGCGGCAGAGGAAAUGA